AAGCAGUGGUUCAAGCCAUAAGUACGAAGAGUCUUGGUGCGCCAUGGCUGUGGACACGGCGAAGGAGCUGCUGAGCUUGGACUGUGGCUCCCUGGUAUCUUAUCAGCUGGACAUGAACUCUCACCUGGAUUCCAUCAGCUUCCAGACCUCCCUGAAGGAAGUCUUCUUGAAUCACCCAGAGGUGGUGCUUAUUCAUCGAACCCACAAUGCUUGGGGCAAGGCUCUCUACAUGUUCAUGGUGGACAAGCCUUUCCUAAAGCUCCAGGGACAGAUGACCAAAGUGAUCCACUUUGCAGUCCCAGCCAGAGAAUCGGCAGAAGGCCUGGACCAAAUGUACCGCACUUUCAAGGCCUUCAACCCCGAGUGGAAGCAGAUCAAGACGUUCCUGGUUGAUCCAAGCUUCCGACUGCUGCCAAAACUUUCAAAAGCAUUCCCCUCCGCAGACGUCCAGCUGUCUGUCUUCCAUAUCUGCAAGCAUUUACAGCAGAAGAUCCGCCACGUCUCCCUGGAAUACCACACCAAGAGGCUGCUUCUCAGUGUCCUGAGGAACGCUAUGUGUGCUCCCAGCGAAACCAACCUGAACAAGAUGCAUUCCAUCCUGAGUGACUUCGUGAAACCGAAUCUGCUGCCCCAGGUUCACGCAAACUGGCUGUUCAACGAAAAGAUCUGGUCCAUGCAUCGCUGGCGCACUUGGGAAGAGUGCAGUAAGUAUUUCAAAGACCUGGAAAUGAUCACGCGCCGUUUAAGCCAGGUCUUCUGUGCGGGACUCUCUCUGCAGUCCUGCAUCACAAACAUUGCAAAGAACUACCAGAAGAAAGUUUCGAAGGGCUCCUGGGAAGCCAGGCCAGGCCAGGCUACCCUGCUCAUCCAGAACAUCUCAUCUGGGCCAAACCUAGUGGUUCUCAGCUCCUCUGCUGCAAAUUCUCCGAGGCUUCUGCUUCCUCGGGAUCCCCCUUUGGCAGCUUCCCAGCGUUCCCUGCUGGCAAAGCAGGAGGCUUCUGCCAAAGAGGCCGGGCCCGAGCAGGAAGAGGCUGUGAUCCCCGACGAAGAAGCUGCUGAGCGUCUCCGCCAGUCCUUGAACGACAUCUGCACAAAGCCUGCUGCCAGCCUCUGCUUGAAUGAAUUUGCCGUGGUCCAGAGCUCUGAGUGUUUGAUGGGGAGCAGCGCAGACAUGACCAACGUACAGAUCAUGGAAGACGCCCAGGUGGUGAGCCGCAAGGACCUCAGCAGCUGCACCUGCUACUUCAGCCGGACCUUCCAGCUGCCCUGCCGGCACAGUGUGGCUGUGCUGAACUCCGAGGGGAAGGAGCUGCAGCCAGAGAGGGUCCCUGAGCAGUGGCACAAGGGGCACAGCAGCUCCCAGCCAGGGCAGAGAAGCACCGGCGACCUCUUGGAAGUCCUGAGGAGUUCAUGGGACGCCUCUCUGGAUAAGUAUCUGGCUGUGUCAUUUCUGACAGAGGAGAUCAGCCGGCUCCUGAGCCAGUGUAGCAGUGAGGAGUUCGACCGCAGGUACAGCACUCUGCGGGAGCUGGCUGACAGCUGGAUUGGGCCUUAUGUGCAGGUGAAGUUGUGAUUGGGUCCCUCGCUGCCUAGAGACCAUUGCCCAGGUGUGACUCUCUGCUGGGCGCUGAUAACUUGCUUGUGGGGCUCUUCCGCCUUUCUGUGGGGGGUCGAGAACACCUCCGCAUUAACUUGUUCUCUUGAAAACUGGGAGCCUUCCAGGAGAGGCCUGAAGGAUGCGGGAUGGGAGCUGGGGUCAGCAAGUUCAGGCCGUGUGAAAUUCCCAAAUGCGUUUUCACGAACAGAGGUGGUGUGGUUUUAUUUUUCCAGGGUGUCACCCCUGCUGGUUCUUGGGGAGAAGGUGGCUUGGUGCUUCUCUGUCCCCUUUCCUCCUCUCGCCCCACCCCACCCCGCCCCGCCCGUUAUUGUGGAUGGAGAUCCUUUGAGACACACACAGGAGCAGAAGUGCCUCUGCUGAAAUUCAAGGUUGUGAAUAAACGGAUAUUUCCUGCCUGUCA